AGAUAGGGUGCACGAUUAGCGGCUACCUAACGGCCAGUGGAACUCGCGUGCGGAGCGCUGCCGCUCCGGAACCGGAGCCCUAACCCUCGCGAGUGUUUCUUUCGAGAUCUAGAUAUUUGCGUAAUUUUAUACCUCUAGUUAUUAUGUGAUUUAUUGGGAUCCAUAUGAUGCAUUGUUUGUGCCAAAUUAAAAGUGCAUACAUUAAUAUUUCGCAAGUCGAACACCGCUGAACACUGAAUAACAUACGAAGAAAAGAUGCUGAAAGGGCGAGGCAGGGAUCCCAGGGCUGGGGUGCCCGCAACAUCGACACUAUCAAUACGAUCGACUGCGCAACGAGUGCCCUUAGCAAAACCUGAACCUGACUACGAAGUGGUGGAAUUCCCUUCGGAACAGUAUGUCAAUGCUAAGUUGCAGCCACCACCUCCUCCCCCACCACGACCACCGACAGGACAUCCACUGGAUGCGGGGGCUUCAUGCGGACUUUGCGGUGGUGGAGGUGCGCGAGUCCGUUGCGCAGAAUGCGGCCGCAGGGCACUCUGCGCCUCGUGUGAUGACAUGUACCAUCGUCAUCCUAAACGACGCCACCAUCAGCGACAGGCUCUGUCCCAGUCCCAACUGCGAGAUGAACGGCCCCCACUUCCACCAAAGACUGGCCCGCCAGUGCCUCCGCCAAGGAAACAUAAGAUUAGCGGUGAUAGAUUGAGUGCCAGUCCUAGACUACCCACACCAGAUCAACGUCGUCCCACUCUAAAUACGAUGUCAACGAAUCAAAUGUCUACGACGCACACACCUGCUGCAGCGAUAUCUAAUCCAAACCACUUUACGGCUCAACGCGCUCGACCAUCGGCAGGCGCUCAACCAUCGGCAGUGCACCCACACCUCCAAGUGAAUGUCGCGCCGAGCGCACACGCAAGCCAUUUGGGCAGUACGCCAUAUCUGUCCGCGACGAUGCAUCACGCACCCGCACCUGCCGUUCCAAACCAAGAACAAUCGAACACUCUCGGACACGUUCCUAACGCAUGGGGCCGUCAACGUGCAUCCCUCCCUGGGUUUAUGCCCCCAAAUAUGGCACAGCCUUUGCCAGCAGAGCAAUGGGAAACGCCAGACAGCGCGCAUCCUCCCACACAAUGGAGUCGCCCGCUGAGGCGAGGGACAUCAGUAAUGGAAUUAGGAAUUGGACCACCUGCAAAUACCAACUGCGCGGGCUGUGCCCACUGCAUGGCGCAACCAUGGCGUUAUGGCAGCUGUGCCAGCCUUGAUCACACGUGGGUUGGUGCAUGGCCGCCAACCUGUUGCGUGGCCCCUCAUCCGCGGUUUCCUGCUCAUUCUCAUGUGCACCCGUCACAAACUCCGCAGCCGUAUCGCAGAGCGGAUAGUCGAGCAGUGUCCAGGGCAGCAUCCCGGGCAGGAUCCCGUGCAGCAUCUCCGGCUGCUAGUAUUCGCUCCCGCACUUCCCGACGCACAAAGCACCGCACGCCUUCGCCACCAUCUCUCCCUUCUAGUGAUGCUGAUUCGGAAAGUGAGGUCGAAAGCGAUCGAAAUCCAGCUAAAGAAGAUACUGAGGAAGAUCCUCUAGGUCCACCCCCACCGGCGGCAAGUGCCACGUGGCAAUGCGAACACUGCACAUUCGUCAAUGAACCAGGCGUAAGAGUGUGUGCUGUUUGUUGUAGAACUCCAACAAUUACUCCAAAAAUAAUCAAUGCUGCCAGUGUUAAAAAUGGAAUGAAACACCUUAAAAUAUCUGAAAAAAGAUCUCCUUCGGUAGUGCGGUCGAAUACAGAAGAACCAGUCAACAAACAAGGUGCAGAUAUAACAAAAACAAGAAUCUUAAAAGAGCGCACGUCAACAGCAUGCGGUCCUUCUCCGCCUAGAGACGACAAAACUACUCGAAAACCACUUAGCAGGCUAGCAACACCUGCGCGAGAUGAAAUUAGUAACAAACCUUUGGAAUCAAAUCAAACCCGACAUGAUAUGGCUGUAGGACCAUCUCCUCCUAAAGAAAUUCUUAAAACGGAUGUAAAUCAAACAAGAAGAGCACAGAUUAGAUCUUCCCCAAGUAGAAACAAUACAUCGCAAGCGGAGGAACCUAAGCGACACAGUAUAUCAGUUGGUCCUUCACCACCACGUGAGCUAAUAGCUACGCAGGUAUCAAAGAAGCAAGCUUCAUCAAAUGCUUUUCCAAGCGUCAAUAAAAUAUCCACGGGUACUUCACCGCUACGGGAAAGCCGUAUUGAUACACCGUCGAGUAUACUUUCGUCGAAUUCAAGCCGUGCAAAUGUGUCUAAUACUGGAACUUCUCCGCCACCACAAAGCAUAUCAACACAGACGUACGACGUACCAAGCACAUGGGAGCGUGCACCUUCAGUAGCUCGGUCUCGAGCUCGACGUCGCUUCCGCGACGAAGGGCGCCGUGAACGCUCGCAUAGUCGACACUCCGUUUCAAGCGAUACUCGAGAAAGCGAGCGCAGUAUCCGGACGAGCGGCGGCGUAGGGGGCGGCAACGUGGGGCGGUGGGAGUGGCGCGAGACGCGCGACAGCAGCCCGGGCGCCGAGUGGAGCGGCAGCGAGCGGCGCCGCGCCUCGCGCCUCACGCGCCGCGCCUCGCACCUCGACGUUCGCCGCACGCGCCCCUCGCGCCCCUCGCGACGCUCCAGUGUCUACGGCUCAGAGGCUCCAUCUCCCGAACCAUUCUCCGGAAAUAGAGCUGUAUCACUUGAAGCAUUAGCCACUGCCGGAGCUCGACGAGAAACUGAAAGAGGAUUAGAACUGGCGCGAUUAAUGGGCGAAGCAGAGAAGCUCGGGUUUAGUGCGGCAGAAGUGCACGCAGCGCUGGCUCAAAACCCCGCAGCGCCGAUAUCAUGGCUGCGCGAACGCUGGCCUAGUCUAUGUGCCGGAGUACGUGCAGCUGCAGUGCGGCUUGCUCCCGGUGCUGUUAUUAGUGAACGUGAUGCUCGGGCAGCACUCGCUCGGCAUCGCGGCGCUAUGUGGCCCGCCGUCACCGACUGCGUUGAGAAAUGGCGCCGACAGACUGAAGCAAUAGGCAUCGAAGGUGAAAGUCGUCUUCGUGGUCACGUGUGGGGCUCUCCGACGGGCGUGGAAGACGACGCGGCACCGCCCACCGACCGCUCACACCGCAUACGCGCCGAAGAAAGUUCUGAUGAGUUUGAUCUAACACCAGCAAGCAUGAUUCAAGAUGACGACUGGAUGUAUUUGCCUCUAGAAAACUACAAAAAUAAUUUAAAUGAAAAUGAUGAUUACGUUAAUUUAACAAAAGCUCAGGCAGACACAGCAAAUCGCGUAACAGAAGAUAUACACAUAGUGCAGAAAUUAAAAUCGCUCCUAUUACAAGCUGGAAUUCCAAACAUAAAUGAAAAAUUGCUCUUAAAAGGUUUGUUAGCAAACCAAAAUAAUAUGACAGACGAAGGAGAUACAGGCCCUCAAAAUAUUAACAAUAUUAAUUUAAAAUCAAAUUCCAAUGACUUUGUUCAAUCUGAAAAUGAUUUUAUUGAUGCAUAUAAUGCUUUAACUAGACUUAGUCCAUUACCCAAUAUAAGCAAAUCAAACAAUUUUGCAGAAAACCAAGAUCGUCCUAUAAAUGACAAAGAUAAUAUAGUAGGCUUAAAAAAAGAAAACCACGACAAAGUUAACACUGUAAAUGAUGUUUCUGUUGAAACAAACCAGUUACAAAAAAAUACCAUUUUAAUACAAGAAUCUCAAAUUGAUGAUUCGUUUCAACAUUUUCAAACACAAACUCAGAGUGGUUUACCCAAUAGUGAUACUUUGAAUGUGCAUACUCCGAAAUCAAAAGCAUGCAGCAAAACAAAAAAUAGCACUGUAAGCAAAAGUACUGAUACUAUCCAGGAUUUGAAAAGUAAUUCUGAAACUUCUAUUGCCAAAAUAAAUGAAGAAGAAAAACCAAAUAAUUUAAGUGAUAUGGUGGGCAAUACACAAAAAUUAAUACAACAAAUGAAGAAGGAACUAAAUUCAGAUAUUAGGUCACUUGAUAGUAGAAGUAAAUCUAGAAGUGAAGCUGAUAACAGCUCAAAUGGUUCCGAUUUAUCGUCAGAAAAAGAAUCAUCGUAUAGUGAUACAGAAAAUGAAACAGAGGAAUUAUCGUCAGAUGUUAAUGAAAGUGAAACAUCUAACACUGAGGAUGAAAAUAUAGCUUACACUGCAAAAGUUAUUAGGACAAGUUCUGAAGACAAUGAACAAUUUGAAGAGGCUAUUGAUCAUUUAGAAGGACAAACAAAUAAUUUGAGUGAUCAAAUAAAUGAACAAGAAGAAAAUUUCAGACAAACAAAUAUUGAAAUACUAGACUCUAUAGCAAAAAGUUUACAGGAAGAACACUCAUUACAGGUACAAUAUAGUGGCAGCAAUUCUAUAAAUGUGUUUCAAAAUAUACAACAAGACUUUAACAAUAACUUAUUUAAUGCUGUUACUUCUUUUGAUGAAAUUUAUGAACAACUGACUGAUAAUAAAGAAAAUAUGACUAAAACAAGUUUACAGGAUAACUUGAGUACAUCACAAAAUAUAGAGAAUAAUGGUCAUUAUAAUUUACCUCAGAAGCAAACACCAAUCAAGCAGGAUAUUAAGAUAGUUAAAUAUAACCAGCCUGUAAUGUUUCUUUUGGUAUCGGAAAAUAUAGUUCCAAUACAUAAAGCAAUCUUAGAUGUUAACAAAGAUUUGUAUAAAUACGCAUCAUCCAAUGAUGAAAGUUAUGACAAACGUACAGAAUUAACUGAUUCUAACAAAAGCAAUUCUAUAUCUUCAGAUAAAAUGUCUCAAUCAUAUGAUGUAAUUCAUAAAACGGCUGAAAAUAUUUCUGAAAUCCCAACGAAUCCAAUAUCAUCGGAAUAUAGUACUACUCAAAUCAAAAACGAUGUAAAUACAUCUCAAUCACAAAAUUAUACUGACACUGACACUGAAUUGACAGAUAUAUUAAUAUCUGAAACAUACAAUGAUAAUAAUAUUAAGCAUAUCCAACAAAAUAAUGUUAUAGGGGCAGAUUUAACGCCCAAUAUUGUUUCUAAUAACGCUAAUGAAGUGACAUAUUCCAAUACUGAAGAUACAGAAAAUGAUACUUUGAGUAAAGUUAAUGAAGAAAUGAAAAAAACCGUAUCUAGUUCAUAUUCAACAAACCACAUUAACGCUAAUCAGCCUCUUAAUAAGGGAAUUUCAAACAAAUCUAACAUCCCAAAAUUAGUAAAAGCAUUGCAAAGUAAUAAACUAAAAAUAGAAAAAACUCCUUCAAAAGUGUUAGGGUCGAAAGUGCCUAUUCGACGUACGUCUAUAAAACAGUAUCCUGCACCAGCUCCUCCUCCUAAUACGCACUUUGGUAAUGUUCAAAACGGCCAUGUUAAGCAACUACAAACCCGACUAUAUAAUAAUAAACCUCAAAAUUUAGAAAAUGUAUCGCCGAAUGUUGAAGUUAAGGCUUCAACCUCGGCUACAGUGUCCACAAAGAAAAAACCUGCACCAUUACCACCGCCAAUAGUGCAAAAACAGCAAUCCCCUCCACAAGAAGUUUCUCAAAAGGAGAAAAAUCAGUUCUUUCGCGAAACAUGUCGCACGGAGGAUGAAUGGACUGAAAGUGACUCGGAAGAAUCUCAAACAACGGUGGUAAAACAAAAUAAUGAACCAGAACAGAUUCCGCUAUCACCACCGCCGCCUAUUACAGUACGCAGAGUGUCGGGAAAACUCAUCGACUUAGCUACAAUCAGACUACCUGACGGAUCACCAGAGAGGCAAGCGCGUAUGCUUCUAGCAGAGGGCGCAACAGAAAAUUGGGAACAAGCUCAACUUGCGGUAGAGCUAAUAACACGAGGCAUCCAUGCACCUUCAGCGCUGCUAGCAGCUCUAGAAUGUGCUGAUCUUGAUUCCGCUCUCGCUUACUUACACCAAGACUGUGAAUUAUGUGCUUCACGUCUACCAGAAUAUGAGAUGGUGUCAAUGUUGCGCUGCACUCACAGAUGUUGUCGAGAAUGUGCGCGUCAUUACUUCACAGUCCAGAUAACGGAGCGAAGUAUAGCGGAUUGCAUAUGUCCAUACUGUAAAGAGCCUGAAUUAGAGAACCUUCCAGAAGAUGCUUGGUUGGAAUACUUUGCACAUUUGGACAUAUUAUUAAAGACAUUACUGAAUACGGAUGUUCACGAACUGUUCCAGAGAAAGCUAAGAGAUAGAACACUUGCCCGAGAUCCAAAUUUCAAGUGGUGUGUGGAAUGUUCUUCGGGAUUUUUUGUACAUCCAAAGCAAAAGAAACUGCGAUGUCCAGAGUGCAAAUCAGUGAGCUGUGCUUCAUGCAGAAAACCGUGGUCUUCCAAUCAUGAUGGAUUAACAUGUGAAAAAUACGCGGAGUGGUUGGAGGACAACGACCCAGAGCGAUCUAUUGCCGCUGUGCAGCAACAUUUGCGAGAGAAUGGCCUGGAGUGUCCGCGUUGUCAUUUUAAGUAUUCUUUGUCGAGAGGUGGAUGUAUGCAUUUUACCUGCACGCAAUGCAAAUAUGAAUUCUGCUACGGAUGUGGCAAACCCUUUAUGAUGGGAGCCCAAUGCGGACUUAGUGAAUACUGCGCUAAACUAGGCCUCCAUGCUCACCACCCUCGUAACUGCCUAUUCUAUUUACGUGACAAAGAACCGCAUGAACUACAAACUCUGCUACAGAUGAAUAACAUAAGUUAUGAAACAGAAGCCGCUGAAGGAAGCACAGGCCGUUGUCCUAUACAAUUGCAAAGGGAGACACCAACAGGUCUCGUAGAUGGCGCUUGUGGCAGUGAAUCGUCACCAAAUAACGCGGGACUUUGCAAGAUGCACUACGUGGAGUAUCUGGCGGGGUUGGCGCGCAACCUUGAUCCGAUCCCCAUCAUGGACGUCACUGAACUAGUUGCAGAGUUGCGCCGUCGUGCUCUUCCACUACCUGAACGCGGUCCUUGGGAUACAGACCCUAUUUACGCGGGGAUGUGCGCCGAGAUUGUCCGAGAGAAGAUUCCCCUCGACUAAACCAAUAGGAAUGAAAAUGAUACAUUUAAAUGUAAUUAAUUAGAAUUACCUAGCAAAACUGAAGUAAUACCAAGCAGUAAAUUAUGACUAAUAUUUGUAUUUUAUAUGGAUAAAAUGCUAUUUCUAUAUUAAACAUGGCCUUGUAAAUUUCCAGUCUAAUGUAAUUAUAAUAGGGGUUGAUUUUAAUCUAAGCAUUUUCGUAAUACUAGUAUCGCCUACAUAAGAUAUUUAUUGUAUUUUUAGAAUUAAUAAAGAACG